AACCCCAAAAACGGGUGACGUUUUAAGUAGCACCUGUAACACCGAGGCAUAAUGGAUAGGAAAAAGAUCUUGACUAGACUACUCUGUGUUGUUGGAGUGUGCACACUCAUACUUUCUGCAGUGGCUGCCAAGAAAAAAUACAAAUCUCCAAUUCUACUCAUCCCAGGUUUAGGUGGGUCCCAACUGGACGAGAAAACUAAAGGCUAUCGACCAGAUACCUGCUGGACUCAUGGUCGUUACCAGAAAGUUUGGUACGAUAUCCAGAUGACACCAAACUGUGCAAAGGAUCUAAGCUUGAGAUAUGACAAGUCCAGUAAUACCUAUCGGAAUAAAACUGGCGUUAAAAUCCGUGUUCCAGGGUUUGGAGAAACUAAUACAGUGGAAUACUCAGUCAAAGACACUGCUGUAUUUGUCAAGAAAAUCAAAAGGAAGUACAUGAGGAAUCUCGUAGAACACUUUGCCAAAUGCGGUUAUGAAAGAGGUGUCUCCAUUAGAGCUGCACCUUACGACUGGAGACUGGCUGCAGAUGAGCUGGAUAGGACAGGCUAUUUCAAGGAGGUGAAAGGCUUAAUUGAAGAGAUGCGUAAGGCAAAUCGCCAACGGGUAACCAUCGUAGCACACAGUAUGGGGGGACUGGUGUCUCACUACUUUCUCACUAGCUACUCAGGAAUCAAUAAAUCCUGGAAGAAGAAGCAUAUCAAAGCCUGGAUAACCCUAGGGACACCUUGGGGUGGGGCAAUCAAGACAAUUCAACCGGUGUUAGCAAACAAGAAAACUGCUCCACUUAAAUGUGAAGAACUUUCAGAAACUCUCAUAUUCUUAAUAAAAAAAUCACCCAUUAUCAAACACUACGCUCCUAAGUGUGCAUCGUGGAGUAUAUUAGUACCGUUUGGCCGUACAUUUGAAAGCACUGCAUGGCUCUUGCCUAAACCUUCAUUAUUUGGAGACAAAGUGUUAGUUGAAACCAAUUCAAGGAAAUACACAGCCAACGAUUACGAGAAGCUGUUUGACCGCAUCAACUACGAUGAUGGUUAUGCUAUGUUCAAAGGUACGCAGCAAAUCAACAGUGAUAAAUACCCUAAUGUCCCUACUUAUUGUUACUAUGGCAAAAAGGUAAAAUCGACCCCAGAGAAAUUUACGUACACGUCAAUUAAAGAUUCUAAACCCAAAAUAACGUACGGAGAUGGUGAUGGAACAGUGAACAUUGAAAGCCUACGAGCCUGUGAUACACAGUGGUCAGGUAGGAAGAAGUUUAAGAGCAAAGAGUUUGACUCCGUUGAUCACCAAGACAUUCUGAGCGAUAAAGCAGUACUUAAGUAUAUUGCCAAGAUCGUCGGAGCCCGAGGUUGUGGAAGCAUGGAGCAACUGGAGCAAUUGUUAGAGGCUUUGAACUAAUUUAGCAGCUCUAUAAACGAAACAUUUGUAGUCAAAUUAGAGCACAAACAUUAGGUACGUGCUUAGAAGCUACAUAGAAAUAUUCAUCUAUAGGAUGAAGAACAGAACUUUUGUAGAGCUCAGAGAGAAUUUGGAUAUUAAAAUAAUCA